ACAUGCCGCUUGGGUUGUAGACAGAUGGAGGAAGCUUCGACGAGGAGGCAGCGGCAGAGGAGGAUGCCAUUUUUCGCAAAGAACGGGCGCUUGAGCGCGAAAUGUGUGCGUAGGAAGAAGCGUCAGGCGAUCUCAGAUCCGAGAGGGUCGAUCGCCCCGCGUCCGCUUGUCCGCCAUGCCGCCUCUACUCUCCUCCACCCUCGCCCCUGCCGCGGCGCGCACCCAGCCGUUCGUGCUCUUGCAGACCUCAACAGCGCAGCAAUGUCUGGAUGUGAUCCGCUACGCUCUGCUCGAGACCACGAGCAAGGCCGAGGGGUGCACUCUGCUGUUCUCUCUGCUUUACCCACCCUCGACCCUAGUAGAACGCAGUCAGCUAGCCGCUGAUCGCCUACAAACCUUCGACUGGACAUCUCAUGUUCCCGGUUAUGAUGACGAUGACUUUGACAUCAAGUCCGAGAUGCUCAGAGUUGUGCAGGACGCACCCCAGGGUCCAUUGACUGUCAUCAUCGACUCCGUUGACACCAUCCUCUCUGAUAUGGGCUCAAUAUCGAAGGCCGAGCAGCUCCUCGCUUCGUUACUCUCUCUUGUGAAGUCUCGAAAAGGCUUCCGUCUGGUGGUGCAUCUUCACGCACCAUCGCCUCUCACAACCAUCCUCACUCAAACUCGCUUCUCUUCCAGCCUAACGCACGUCAUUGCCCACCCGACCGCCCUCAUCACACAUCUCGCAACCGCGUACCUCACCCCACCUCCGCCGCUCUCGCCACCUGAGAAAUUCUGGCGGGUCUUCAUCCCCAUCGCAGAGCGGCAUUACGAAAGCGAGAAGCUUAUUUUUGGCUCGGAGGGCGAAGGGAGCGGCGGCAGCGAGUUCGUGGCAGAGAUACUCGUACGAGGCGCGGAUGGAAAUGGGCGCCGGCGCGGCGUCGAGAGGGUGUUGGAGGGUUGGUCUGGAGGCGCGCCGUGCGAGCUCAGCGCAUUGGUAGCACUGAAGACGCUGUUCGUGAAAAGGGCUGCUGAGGAGGCAACGCCUGAUCCUACCCAAAACCUCUCCUUCAACCUCAACCUCACGGAUGAACAGCAGAGGUCUCGCGCGCAAGUACCCUUGCCUUAUGCGCAUGAAGGGAAGCCGAUGGAGAAGGCGAGUAUGCCGCCGCCAGCUGCUAUCCUCUACGAUCCGGAUUCAGCGGAUGAUCUGGACGAUGAUGACCCGGACGAGGAUUUGGAUAUCUAGCAGCUGUCGUACUCAAAAGGUGUAAACUCUGUACGAGGGGGGCAGAAGCCAUGAUCUUCAACCACCAGUCUGGCGCAAGGUGAGACUUCCAGUUGACGCCGUCGACUUUAGUUUGCAGGAAUCA